CAAGCAAACAACAAGGAAUUUUUAGGUUAAUUUGUCGUUAACUAAUAAAGGAAGUUAAUUUAAUAGUAACUAAAAAUGAAUAAUAUAGUAGUGCCUGGUGAAAAACAUCCCGAAAUUACAUCGGCAGACGAAACAAGUUUGUUGGUUGUUAUUUUAGAUAGCAAUCCUGGGCAAAAAAUGUUAAGGGACAAUCCUCAUGUUCUAACUCACUGUAUUGACUCUGUGAUAGCAUUUGCAAAUAGUCAUUUAAUGCAAAAGUCUCAAAACAGGUUAGCAAUAAUGGCUUGUCAUUCAAAAACAAGUCAGUUUAUAUACCCUGGACCAGGAAAACCACUGGAUGUAAGACAAGUUGAUGGGCAAUAUGAAGUUUUUACUGCAGUUGAAAAGACAACAAAACAAAACUUGGCGAAGCUGCUGUCAUCUGAAAAUUCCACCAUUGUUACAGAGUCACUUUUAGCAGGAGCAAUCGCCAUGGCUCUUUGUUAUAUUGCGAGAAUACAAAGGACGAAACCUCCAGGUGCUAAGUUGAAUAGCCGUAUUUUAGUCGUUACGGGAAGCGGAUGUUCUGCGUCACAAUACAUGAACUACAUGAAUGUUUUUUUCACCGCCCAGAAACAAAACGUUGUGAUAGACGUUUGCACAUUGGACCAGCAUUUGAGUUUAUUGCAGCAGGGUUGCGAUAUUACAAACGGUUUAUAUUUAAAAGUCCCACAACUGCAGGGAUUGCUACAGUAUUUAUUGUGGGUAUUUUUACCAGAACCACCUAUUAGAGAAAAAUUAGUACUCCCACCACCUGUAAAGGUUGAUUAUAGAGCUGCAUGUUUUUGCCAUAGAGAACUUAUUGAUAUUGGAUAUGUUUGUUCUGUCUGUCUUUCAAUUUUCUGCAAGUUUAGUCCAAUUUGCACAACGUGUCAUACUGUAUUCAAAAUGCCAGCUCCGUUAGCUGUUAAACCAAAGAAGAAGAGGAUUAAACUGUAAUUUUUUAAUUACAUUGUGAAUGUUUAAGUUUUAUAAUUUGUUGCAUAUUUUUUUGCAUUAAAAA